AUGCGGCUUUGACCCGUACCUGAGUUAUCUGAAGGUGAUGAGGGCAGCAUCAUACCUGGAGAGACCAGGCUGCUUGUUUCUGGCCACAAACACUGAUGAAAGGUUCCCAGUGGCUAGCAAAGGACUUGUCUAUCUUGGCACUGGGUGUGUGGUGCGGUGCGUGGAGACAGUGGCAGAGCGGCUUGCCACUGUCAUGGGCAAGCCUUCCACUAAGAUGUUCUCUGUCAUUCAAGAGAAGAACAGCUUGGACCCUAAACGUACCCUUAUGAUUGGUGAUAGGUGCAACACAGACAUACUCUUUGGCAAAAACUGUGGGCUGCAAACUUUGGUGGUGCUGUCGGGGGUCACCACUCAGGCCGACCUGGAGAAGUGGGCAGCUAGUGAUGACCCGGAGCAACAUGCCCUGCUUGCUGACUAUUGCCUCACUCAGCUGGAUGAUCACCUGGCUUUCCUUGACCCUAAGCAGGAGCAGAAAUAACACAAAAAACCCACCUUUACUAACUUUGUGUAGCUCACUGUGUUAGGUACAUUAGUGUUAGGCAGAUUAGUAACACAAAGACCCACCUUUACAAGUACUAAUGCUCUCUCUGCCUAAGUUUGUGUGUUAGGCAGGAGAGACUAAUUUUUAUGUGCCCAAUGUAGAGGCUGGGAAAGGAGUGGUGAAAAGAUUACAGUAAUAAUUGAUAGAGAUGUAAUAUUCAGAUCAUGUAUGUAAUGGAUGGGAGAUAAAGAGGUGCAAUACUCAGAUCUUGUAUAUAAUGGAUGGGGGAUAAAGAGAGUUUUAGAUGUCUGUGAAGGAAGUAGGAAUGUUUAGUGAGGAAUAUUAAAUGAGAGAGGUUCAAGAUUUAGGAAAAGAAUUUAAAUAUGAGAGAUGAGAGAUAAAGAAAGUGUUACAUGUUUGUGAAGGAAGGAAGGAAUACGAAAAAGAGUGAUUGUUUAAAGUGAUUGUGUGGUGUUGAUGAAAAAUUUUUAAGUACAGUAGUAAUGCAUUUAUGAAGAAAAUAUUCAAAUUGUACUGUACUUAUGAAAAAAAUUAAGUAGUAGUGUGUUAUUUGAUGAGAGAAGAGUUAUUAUAAAAAGAAGUCCAGUAAUAAAAUAUAUAUGAAUAUGA